AAUGGGUCGUCCGACAUGAACCUGUACUAUUUGAAUUCUGCUUCUAACUCCAGGUCAUUUUGGAUCAAGUUCAAAACCAUCUCCCUUUUCCCUGAAGGACAUGGACAUGAGUCAAAGAGACGGGCGAGUGUCCCCUCCGCCCCCUCUGAAGAGGUCAUCGCCCGAUUAUCCCAAAAGAAGAAGCAAAGGGAAGGGAAGGCACCCACGGUCGUGGUCAGUGUUAAUGAAUGGCCAGAGGCAGGGAGGGACUGGGAGGCUUGGUGCCCUUCGCAGAGAGAGAGAGUCUUGGGUUCAGAUCUGUCCGGAGCCUCCUUUCGUGCAGCCAUGAAGCUCCUGGUUGUGCUCUUUGCUUUGACCGUGGUCACAGGAGGCCAAGCCGUGACAGCCAGUUCAGAGCUCAGCUUAGGAACUUUGAUUGGAAAAUUUUCCACGUUCGAGUUUAAUUCCCUCUUUGCCGUGUAUGGGAAAGUAGCGAAAAUCCUCCAAGCUUUGGAUACCCCGGUUGUCAUCGAACAGCUGAACAAAAUCCCUGGAAAACUAGAGAGAGCGCUUCCUCCUGAGAUCAGUGAAGUGAAGGAGAUCUUGUCUGAUCUCUCUAAAACCUACAAGGUGCACACUUAUCGGGUUUUUGAUGAUUGGAGCAGCCGCUAUUUCCAGGAAGGUGAAGCUGUCAUGAAGGCGCUGGAGUUGUACGUUGACCCAGUGGCCUCCAAGGCGCUGUGGUGCGUGGAGUGGCUGGAGGAGAACAUCAAGCCCGUGGUGAUUCAAAUGUACCAGCCGUUUGAUAGCUCCCUCAAUCAGGCACUGGAGUCCCUGGGAAGCACGCUGUCCUCUUACACCGAGCAGGAAGAAAUUGGGGAAAUCCUCCAGACCUCGCUGGAUGAAGCGGCCAAGCUGUUCCGGAUGGGGAUGGAGAACCUCAACAAGCAGUUGAAGCCCUACUUGAUCCCAUUCCUGAAGGAGUACAAGAAGUACGACCCAGCGCUCAGAGAGUGGCUGGAAGCACCGUUGUUCCCCCCUCCAAAAGAAGACUAACGCCCAAAAGGGAAAUCCUAGGGGAAACUGGCCAGGGAGUGACCAUCGGGUCAAGCAAUAUGGCUGCCUCCUCAUCACAGAAUAAAUUUUUCCAUUUAUUUGGGAGGUUUGAAUACCUGUCAAACUUUAUGAAAUGUGCUGCACUUUUCUGUACGCGUUAUGUCAGUUCUUUCUAGCAAUUACGCUGUCCUAUCGUCCACCUGGCCAGAUGAAUAAAAGUUCUGUUACUGCCUUAAAA